AUGCCCAAUGCACCGACGAUACCUUGCGAUUCGAAAGCACUGAUAAGCUGUGAAACAGCUCCAGUAGGUGCUCCACAAGAAGUAGCAGGAGGUUUGGUUGUAGCAGGAGCACAGAUAUCCGAGACAGCAGAUGAAAUUGCACUCGAAAUAGCAGCAGAUGAAGCAGCGCCAGAAGUUGGAGAUCCAGAAGCACCCGAGGAAGCACCACCGGCACCAGAAGAAGCAGCACCUGAAGUAGGGGAUCCAGAAACACCGGAUGAAGCACUGCUAGCUCCAGAAGAAGCAGAACCCGAAGUGGGAGAUCCAGAAGCACCCGAGGAAGCGCCGCUAGCACCAGAUGAAGCAGCACCCGAAGUGGGAGAUCCAGAGGCACCCGAGGAAGCACCGCUAGCACCAGAUGAAGCAGCACCCGAAGUGGCAGAUCCAGAGGCACCCGAGGAAAUUCCGCUAGCACCUGAAGAAGCAGCACCCGAAGUGGCAGAUCCAGAGGCACCCGAGGAAGCACCGCUAGCACCUGAUGAAGCAGCACCGGAAGAAGCAGCACCCGAGGAAGCACCGCUAGCACCUGAAGAAGCAGCACCUGAGGCAGAUCCAGAGGCACCCGAGGAAGCACCGCUAGCACUAGAUGAAGCAGCACCCGAAGUGGGAGAUCCAGAGGCACCCGAGGAAGAACCGCUAGCACCUGAAGAAGCAGCACCCGAAGUGGCAGAUCCAGAGGCACCCGAGGAAGCACCGCUAGCACCUGAUGAGGCAGCACCAGAAGAAGCAGCACCCGAGGAAGCACCUGAAGAAGCAGCACCUGAAGUGGCAGAUCCAGAGGCACCCGAGGAAGCACCGCUAGCACCAGAUGAAGCAGCACCCGAAGUGGGAGAUCCAGAGGCACCCGAGGAAGCACCGCUAGCACCUGAAGAAGCAGCACCCGAAGUGGCAGAUCCAGAGGCACCCGAGGAAGCACCGCUAGCACCUGAAGAAGCAGCACCCGAAGGGGUAGAUCCAGAGGCACUCGAGGAAGCAGCGCCUGAUGAAGCACCGCUGGCACCAGAAGAAGCAGCGCCUGAUGAAGCACCGCUAGCACCAGAUGAAGCAGCACCUGAGGAAAUAACACUAGCGCCAGAAGAAGCAGCACUCGAAGCUCCUGAAGUGACUAAAGAGCUACUCUUAGCUGAAGUGAUGGCUGCAGCGGACGAAACACUCAAAGAAGAUGAUGAUGGCAGCGUACAAAUAAGACGCGUCGUAGAUACGGCACCGCCACCACAGACAGAGGUGGUAGGGUUCUGA